GGUGGGUCGACGUCGUGUUCAGUGGAAUCGACUGCAUAAAGCGUGAACGCUGGCUGGUUUUGUAGACAAACAUAAAAAAUAGUUUGGGCGAUUUUUUUUAACAUCCAUUCAACGUUGGGUUUCCUAAUCAGUUUUGCUUAGAAUGCCUCCCAAAAAGCCCGCGGCGGAAAAGAUUGUGCCUACCUCACCUGUUGGUUCGGAGAGCCAUGAUGACUCUGAGACAGCCGAAUCAGAUGCGGUGGGUUCUGUGUCGACGAGCAAAGUACCAGCUCAUCCCCCGGCCAUGGUAAUGGUAAAGAAUGCUGUGAAAGAGUUGGAUUCGCGGAAAGGGGUAUCGUCGCAGGCGAUACGAAACAGCAUCAAGGCGAAAUAUCCCGCUAUGGAGUUGGUGAGGCUGAAGUACAUGGUGCGUAAGGCCUUGAUCAAAGGACUCGAGAAUGGCACAUUGGUCCGACCUGCCAACUCCACCGCUGCUGCUACUGGCGCACAGGGGAGAUUUCGGCUUGCACCCAAAAAACCCACGGAUCCAAAGGAGAAAAGUGAAAACACUGAUCCCACUGAGGAAAAGCCAAAGGCCACAAAAGCUGGGCCCAAAAAGGCCAACGGUGCAGACAAGGAAGCCGGUACUGGGAAGAAAAAGGACUCAAAGAAAAAGAGCGAAAAUACUGAGACUGUCAAGAAGACGAAGAAAGCCGACGAUGCUGCAGCGUCAAAGGUGGCCCCAGCAAAGAGACCCAAGGCUAAGAGGGGUGCCGUAAACAUGGAGGCUUCAGAGGAGAGGUUGGAUGAUGUGGAACCUAAAGCAAAGGUACCGAGAGCCAAGAAGCCUAAGGCAAAGGAAGUUGAGGCGAAGGAACCCAAAGCGAAAGCACCCAAAGCUGUGAAGGAACCUAAAGCAAAAGCACCCAAAGCUGUGAAGGAACCUAAAGCUGCCAAGGAAGUUAAGGCCAAGGAACCUAAAGCUGCCAAGGAACCUAAAGCUGCAAAGGAAGUUGAGGAAAAGGAACCUGAUGCUGCAGAGGAACCUGAUGCUGCUGAGGAAGUUGAGGCAAAGGAACCCAAAGCUGCAAAGGAACCUAAAGCUAAAGUAACCAAAGCUGCCAAGGAAAAGGCCUCGGUCAAGGAUGACAAACCCAAGGCUACAACGGCUGCCGGGAGGCGCGUAAAGAUCACAGAAUAAUUAUGUAAUGCAUGUUUUUAAAUUGUGUUUGCAAUAAAGAAUCUUUAGUUAGA